AAAUCUGAGUAAAAAUGGAUGAGGAAGGAGACGCGAUGAAGAUCAUGAGACCAGAUAACAAUACUGAUGAUAAGCAGCAGCAGAAAAAUGAGGAGACGAUAAGCAAUAGAGAAAGUGGAAGAGAAGAUGAUGAAGGGGAACAGGAGCAGCAACUACCAUUAAUGGCACUGAAUCAUGUAUCAAGGCUUUGCAGAGAUGUGAACAAAUCCGUCGAUUUUUACGUCAACGUUCUUGGGUUCGUGCAAAUCAAACGUCCUCCAGCCCUUAAUUUUGACGGUGCCUGGUUAUUCAACUACGGCAUUGGCAUUCAUUUGGUGCAAUCCAAAGAAGAAGAAAGACUACCAGACCCAGAACAUGAGUUAGAUCCCAUGGAUAACCAUAUAUCCUUUCAGUGCGAGGACAUGGCUGCAAUGGAACGAAAGCUAAAGGAGAGGAACAUCAAAUAUAAGAAAAGAACAGUUGGAGGUGGUGAUGAUGGAGCCAUUGAUCAGUUGUUUUUUACGGAUCCGGAUGGAUUUAUGGUGGAGAUAUGCAACUGCGAGAAUCUGAAACUUGAGCCAGCGGGUAGCAUGGACCGGAUUCGAUUGCCUUCCGAUCGACAUAAUCCUCCUGUUGAACUUAAUAAUCAGCGUUCUGAUUUGAAUUAG